AUGCGGGAAAAGCUCAAAAAUAUCACUCAUUACUUUGAUCUUUGGCAUUUAAUCAAAAGUAAGAACAACCAAACUUUAUUAGGGUUCAGUAAAGCAAUCAGAUCAUGGAUUUAAAUACAUAAAUAACAUAGUCUUAACUAUUUAGCAACAACUUACCUAGCCUAAUUCUGCCUAUACGUGUCUAUAUUUCACAAUUUUAUAUUGUGCAAUGAUGUGCCCUACUUUAUUAUUUUAUUCCGUCUAUUAAUUAAUUAAACGCCAAAUGAUAUACUCAUCAAGGGGAGAGUGCCUGGCACUUAAUGGUUACCUAUUAACAUGUCUUUUUCAAUAUGCCCCUUUUCAUUACUUUACUGUAAUGCCAGGUUGUACAUACAGAAAUUGCAAAUGCUACUUGUAUAUUCCACACAUUACUAUACAAUAAAUAUCACACACAUCCUUUCUUUUAGAGGUGUCCAAGGUAUUGAAAAAGAUUGCAAAGGAAAGUGGAUGUGAGGCAAUUUCACAAUGGAUCAAGCCAUGCACCAACCAUUUGUUUUGGAGUGUGACAACAACAUUCAGUGGGCAUGGAUUGGUAAUGUUAGCAAAAUUCAAGUCAUUUUUCAGCCACGUUAUAAACCAUCACAGUGAACUUCCUGAUCGACUUUUUACCAAGUUUGCACAUGAUUCAAAUAUCCAAGAUCGGAAAUGGCUUGAUGAGGGUUAGUCAAUAUGAUGUUAAAAAAAGGAUAGAAGUGUCUAUAUUAAUACUAACUUCACCGAAAGAAUAUUUAAUUUUUCUUUCCCAAAACCUUGUCUAGUACCGGUAAUGUCUAUAGACAUCACAUUACACUUAGCAACUUAUGCUUUGCCUUUUAGAUUCCAUUGCCUACAUGAAGAUGCAUGCAGCUUUGACUAAGCGAAGUUUGGUAGCUGGAAUAAAAAAGGCUUCUCCACUAGAGCAGACUAGUUGCCUUGAAGGCUUUCAUUCGGUAUUGAAUCAGUUUUCACCCAAAAUGCUAAGCUACUCGUACCCUGGGAUGUUUGCAAGAUAGAGUGAAUGAUUAUGAAAACUGUUAUUUUUUUUAAUUAAGAAAUAAAGCAAACUUAAAAUUUUCCUGUUUUAGACAUGCCCUGGCAGUAAUUCAUUUUAAUAUUAACUUGAAGAGGGAUGUGAAAGAAAUCAAUGGUGUCAAACAAGUUAAAUUGGUAUGUCCUAAGUUCAAAAAUGGUGAGGCCGUUGUUGGUAAGCAAAGCUUUUGCACAUAAACAGAACAUUGAGGCUAAUUCUGUGAACCACCUUGUCAGAUAUUGAUGACUAUUCAGGAUUAUUGUCAUUCUUAAAACUACUGUAAUACCCAAAUAAGAAUAUUUUCUGGAAUCUAUACCACCUCCAGCACUGUUAAUAGAAAUUAAGCAACAACCAGUCACCAAUGUUUAUGGAAAUAUUCUAUGAGUUGUGCAACUUGCACUGCAUCCACAUAUUCUCUGGAGAAUCUACACCCUCUGCAAGAUCUGACCUUGCCAAAUUUCAAUUUUUGUAGACUAUGUUGAAGAGAUAUACCAGACAACCCUAUGUGCUAUUAGAUAUAAUACAUUGAAUAAAGCAGAAAAAGGUCUGAAAUUAAUGACUCCUUUGCCAAUGAACAGCAUGCUAAAUAAGCAGUCAAAGGAUGAGGCAAUCCAGAAACACAGUGCCAGAAAGGCCAUGACAACCAUUGAUGUACCUCCUACUAAUCCAGGUACAGUAUGUAUGACAAUUAAAACUAUCUUCAGUUUAGGAAUGUUCGGUAUGAGAAAUUUCCGGUAUCGGUAUACCGAAAAAAUUAUACCGAUAUUAUCGGUAUACCGGUGUCCCAGGAGUUUCGCCCCUCCUACAUUUUCGCCCCCCUUUAGGAAAUUCGCCCCCCUUUAGAAACUUCACCUUUUCUUUAGGAUUGACGUCCUCCGUUCAAAAUUUCGCUCUUCCUAACAGUUGCAUGGGAUAAUUAUUACAUGGCUUUAAUCAUUUGAAAUCAGUAUCAAUUCAAAAUUGUUAAGACAGAGCAUGAAAUAACAACCGAUCACCGAUCAAUGAUCGGCAAGGAAUUGCUUAUAAUCGGCGGAAAAGCAGGGUUUCGGUUUUCAACCUGAAAAAAGCAGGGAAAGUCGCGACUGCCGAUCACCAUGAUCGGGAACUUUCGGAACGUUAUUCCAAGCCCUGCAUGUAAGAAUACAAAUUUACAAUUACAUGUAUCGAAAGGGCUUUACACAGUUACAGUAGAUGAAUACUCAAUAGGACUUAUGACGCUUCACAGCACACCAUGCAUAUUUUGCAUUUUCAGUGUUAAUCCUUAAACUCAUUGUUAAAAAGUAAUCUCCGUGGUGGUUAUUGUAAUUAUUGGUAUUGUUUUGCAUCCACGUUUUGUCGUUAUCGAAAAAUAAUCUCAGAAGCGAAGGGUAGAACUUGCCAAUAGGCAACCAAUAGGCAAUAAUCCAAUAAUAUACGUUUCAAAAAAGACAAGAAAGCUUUUAGUUUUGCAGAGUUACAUUCUCAAAUGUUUAAGGCAUGCAUUAAAAAAAUCAAAGUAUCAUGAAAUGAUUUGAAUAAACCACACCACAUAUAUAAUGCAAUUUUCUUUGCGGAAGUGAAGAAUCAAGAUUACAUCACUGACACGGAAAGUUGACGAUUCAGCGGACAAUAGUCAAUACGCUUCCUAUAGUUUAUUGUUAGCAAGUGAUUACUGUGGCGGCUAUUGUCAACAAUCGUAUUGAUAAAAUUUGCAAGCGAUUGUUUUUAUAAUAUGUUAUGUGAAUGUAAACUGCCAAAAGAAUACGACAACAUGAUUUAAUAAAAUGAGUGGUUAUGCAGACUGCGCACACCACCAGCUGCUAAGAAGCCUAAAUGUGUAUGUAAUUUUGUCUCCUUGUAAUAAAUAAAUAAAUCACACAAUAAAUUUUUUCAACUUGCAAUCGUUUUGUUUUUAGAUCAAAAAUUCAAAAUUUAUAUGGGGGGGACGAAAUUCCUAAAGGGGGCGAUAUUCCUAGGAGAUUCGCUACUUUGCUUCGCCUGGCAUCUUUAUAUCUGAGGGGGGCGAAUCUCCUGUGACACCGGUCUUCCUGAAGGAAAUUGAAUAAUUCUAAAAGGGAAAACCAUCAUUUCGAAGCUGUUUCGAACGACACAUACUCAAUGUAAAAUCUCGCUGAAGUGGAAAUUCUAAAUCAUUGCAUGCAGUAGAAAGUUCUUUGAAUUGCCAUUCAGUAGUAAAAUAAAGCUUAUGGUUUUGCCAUAUAGUUGGUAAAUUUAACACUGUAUACUGAAAAAUUCUGGUAUAUCGGUAUGGUUGAAUAUCCGGUAUCGAUAUACCAAUAUUGAUUUAAUACCAAUAUUUACGGUAUAUCGGUAUACCGAACAGUCCUACUUCAGACUAAAAUAAUCUAACAUUGGACAAUGCCAGUAAAUGAAUAAAAUAGUUAUAUUGCUGUGACAAUUUUUACUGUAAAGGUCUGUAAAGUUAGCCAUUGUUCGAACCAUAUUCGGAAUGUUCAGUAUGUGUACCCCAAAUUUCUUUUAACAGAAACUCAUUGCAUAGAUACAUAAUAGAAUAUAAAUAAAUAUUGUUUUAAUUAUAACUACAUCAACUAUAUAUUCUUUGUUAAGCGUUUGACUUUGAUUUCAUAAAUAGUCUUAAUCAAGUGCUCCUGCCAUUUCAAAUAUUUAAGGAUGAGUGUCAGGGUCAUGCAUUGCAGACUUUUAUUAUUGUCAGCAACAAAUAACGAUAAAAAUUAUCUUGUUUGGUUCAUUUCCAAAAAAAAUUAUGUAAACGUUCUGAGCAGGGAUUCAUAAAGAAUGGUUUGAAUAAUUGACGGAUUAAAAAGACAUUUCCCGAUCAGUAGUCCUAGUCGGCCCAUGAAAUGGAUACCAGCAGGAAAGGAAUUUGCACCUGCAAUGCAUGACCCUGACACUCACCUUUAAUUAAACAUAUUAAACUAUUUGGCUCCUUCUAUUUUGUACUUUAGUACAAGAAGCUCCAGUCAGCCAGGAUCAAACAACAGGAAGAGCAAAACCACAUUGUUCCAUUUGUAAACAACCCAUGAAAGGUCAUAAAAAUGUUGCUAAUUGCCCAAAAACCAGAAGUAACUGCAAUGGCUAA